UCCUGGAAAGGCACAAGUGCGCAGGUUGCCCAGGCUGCAACAGGAGUACUAGCAGUUCUCAUUCAUGUCGAGCACUCGAAGUGACUGCUUUACGGAUAUCGCGCAGCCAAGGCAUGCCAUUCAGCGCAUUCCAUGCUGUGCUUAGGAUUUAGCCGGAAUGAGGGGGAUGAGAAAGAAAGGGGGAGCUGCAUCGAGCGCAGGACGAAUCUCUCAGAGGCGGGAGGCGGGCAGGAAGGCUGAGAAGAGAGUGAAAGCUUCUCAGCAGCAAAAGCUGUCGUUCGAUCUGGUGGAUUUGGACGAUCCAGUGAGUGCCAGCCAGGCCACGAGUUUCAACCCGACUCAAGCUUGGCGGAUUACUAACCGCCGGUCGCAUCUUGAAGCCUUCCCGUUACCCGCCACCUCGCCACGCACGGCCGAGCCGAGCGGUGUCAGUGGUGACGAGACACCGGGCAGCGGGGAUGGCUCAAGCGGCAAGGGCCCGGGGCUGUGGGUGGAUCGAUUUGCGCCGAGAUGGGAAGACGAGCUGGCCGUGCACCGGAAGAAGGUGCACGAGGUGUCGCGGUGGUUCGAUGCGCACUUUGGCCCGCCUGUCACGCAUAGGCCUGUGCCGCAGAGCAAGUGUAAAGGCGGGAAGCACAAGGCAGCAGGAGGGGAGCGGAAGGGCGAUUCGAGUGGAAAGGAGUGCUCGUCUCAGCCGGCCAGCAAGGUGCUUGCUCUAGUGGGCCCCCCUGGAUGUGGAAAGACGGCGCUGGUGCACGUGGUGGCAGCAGCGCGUGAUGUGCGUGUGAUGGACUGGCAGGCGCCUGUGCCGCUGCUAUGGGACGACCGCCGCCACAUCCGCUCCUCUGAAGCUGCUGCUGGCAUAGAGCACCAAGAGAAGCUCGCCAACUUCUCUGACUUCCUCCGCUCCUCCCGCCUCUUCUCACCCCUCGCCCUCUCCACCACGCCCACGCUCCCUCCGGCUCCCACUCCCACUGCGGGCCCUUUGCAAGAAUCGCACCCUUCCUCGCACUCCCCCGCAUCCACCCCUUCGCCCAGCACCCUUCCAAUACUCUCCUCGCAGCCUCCUCUGUCCCGCCCCCCCUCGCAUGCCAAGAGAAGUCAGCCAUCACUGCCUGUCUCAGCACCGGAAAGAGGGCAGAUGAAGAGGCGUGCGAAAGAGGUUAUGCAGCGACCAAAGGACAUGAAAGGAGAGCGAGGAGAGAUGAUGAGGGGACGUGAUAAAGGGAGAGCAGGUGGGAAGAGGGGGAUAGGGAAGGAUGAUGAGGAUAGGAAUGAUGACAAUGAUGAAGAUGACGACGAGGAGUGGCUGCCAACAUUCAGUGAAGCUGGGGAUGAUGCUGAUGCCAAUAAUGAUGAUGGUGGUGACGGUGCUGUGGUAAGGCACGGAAGAAAAGGAGUGGGGGCGACACAAGGGCGCGUGUCGAGUGGAGGGCAUGCAGGAGCAUGGCAUGUGUCAUCAUCGUCGGUGCUGCCACCAUCACCACCGCCACCUCUAGCUGCACCACCACCUGCACCGCCAUCUCUAGCUGCACCACCACCUGCACCGCCACCAUCAUCCGCAUCCCCUUCCUCCGCCUCCCCUCCUCGCCAUGUGCUGCUCAUAGACGACCUGCCCUACGUGUCCGGGCGGCAGCGCUGCGAGGCCCUGUGCCACGCCAUGCAGUUGCUGGCUGCGGCCUCGCACGUGCCCGCCGUUGUCGUGCUCUCCCUCCCCACCACCUCCUCCUCCGCUGCUGCUGCCACCCUGGCUCAGGCUGGCGGUAGGGGUGGUGGAAGGGGAGGUACGGGAGGAGAUUGGCGGCAAGGGGAUGGGGUGCCAACGCGAGAUGUGCUGGAUGCGUUGAUGAGCGGAGGUGCUCACAAGGUGGAGUUCAACCCCAUAGCCCCCGGCGCCAUGCACAAGGCGCUGGCAGGUGUGGCAGCAGCGGCAGGGUCAACUGUUGCAGCGGCGGCUGUAGCGGGUGUGGCGGAGAGCAGUGGCGGGGACCUGCGGCACGCCAUCUCACAGCUGCAGCUACUCUCUCUCUCCACCCGCCACCCCCCCGCCCACACCUGGGACCCCGGUGGUGGUGCUGCUGGGGGGGGUGGCAGUGCGCGGAAAGGGAGAGGGGGGGGACGGGGAGGCAGUGGGGCAGGAAAGGAAGGGACAGAGCAGGAGGAGGAAGGGGUGAAAGGGAAGAAGAGGAGGAAGGUUCAACAAAUGGCAGCAAGUGGGGGAGGUUCCGCUGAGUUGGUCGAUUUGACGAGGAGUGAGUCGGAUGGUGGAGGAGAAGAGGGUGGCGGGGAGAAGGGAAGGGCGUUGAGACGUGAGAGUGCUAGCGCUGCAACUGCCACGGGUGGUGCAGGGGGAGGCAGCGGAGGUGCGGAGGAUGCUGUGCAGGGUGCAGGGCGCGAUGACCCGCUGUCCAUCUUCCAUGCCGUGGGCAAGUUCCUCCACAACAAGCGACUCCCUGCAGCCCAGCACAUGGCGUGCGAGGGGCAGCAGCGUGAGCACGAGUGGGUGGCGAAUCCACUCAGGUGGCAGCAGUGGGGGCAGCCCAGCGCCCAGCAGAUGAGCACAGGGGACGGUCCACCGCACCAUCAUAACUUGGAGGCAGCUGCUAACAGUGGUGGCAACUGUGGCAGUGAUGGCAGCGGGGUGGCGGUGCGGCAGGAGUUGCAGCGAGAAGCAGUGGACAUGGAGGCAGCAGAGAUGGUCCUGCAGCGCGCCCAGAUACCGCCCAUGAAGCUCUGCUGCUACCUGCAUGAGAACAUGCUGGACAUGUUCCAUCCAUGCGACGGCCUGGAGGCAGCAGUGGGCGCAUCUGCUGCACUCAGUGACGCGCUCGCCAUGCUCUCCUCCUCCGCCUCCUCGCACCUCUCUGCUUGGGCUGGCAGCAGCAUGGCGGCACACGGCACGGGUGGCGGGGACGAGGAUCUGUCGCCUGCAGCCGUGCGUGCAGCAGCAGCGGCGUCAGUGGCAGCGAGGGGAGUCAUGUUCUGGAACACUCAGCCAGCUCCCAAGAGGUUCUUUGCGUUCCGCUCACCAGUUGUGUGGGCCAGUGAUGCGCAAAUGCGGCGCAACAAGGCGUCGCUCCUGGAGUUGCGGUCGCAGUGCUUUACAAUUGCAGCAAGCCAAAGCUUGCCACUUGGUUCUUUGAGGGGCAGUGGUGCUGACAUUGCAACUGACAUCAGCAUGGUCCGGUUAUGCUCGCUGCACACUAUGCUGCGAGGAUCUAUUGGGUGGAGCAAGGUUGAAACACAGGCAGCAAUUUAUGACCAUGCACAUGAUUCAAACGACGACAUCGAGGAUUUGUGACACAAGUAACCAGCACCUUUCAACAUGUGGGAUUUUUUUUUUCCUCCCAGGACCAAGUGUGACCCCUGAAAGGUAUUCAGUGCCUAUCCAUGGUGGUCUAAUGAUGCUGGAGGAUCUACAACGGAUAGUGAAUUUUGUC